UUCCAGGGGCUGAACGCCCGUCUCGCGUUCGCCAUCGCCGCCGCCGCUUUCGGCUCCGCCUUCCAGCAUGGCUACAACCUUGGCGUCAUGAAUGCGCCACUAGGGCUAAUCGAGGACUGGCUAAACGAAACGAGCUCCACCGAAAGUGAGGUGAACGACACGGUGUCCAACAGCACGCGGACAUACCUGGAUAAAAGCGAAACGACGAUGAUUGUGUCGAUUAUCGUGUCCAUCUACUGCGUGGGUGGCAUGAUCGGGGGUUCGCUCACGGGUUUCUUCGCAAAUAGGUUCGGCCGCAAAGGAGGCCUCCUCGUGAACAAUAUCUUCGCCAUCAUCGCUGCGAUCUUCUUCGGUUUCUGCAAACUGGCCAACUCUUACGUCAUGAUCAUCAUCGCUCGCUUCUUCAUCGGCGUCAACAACGGUCUUAACGCCGGUCUGGCUCCGAUGUACCUUUCGGAAAUUGCGCCCGUCAACCUCCGAGGCGCCAUUGGUACCGUCUACCAGCUCGUCGUCACCAUCUCCAUCCUGUUCUCACAGAUUAUGGGUCUGGAGUCCAUCCUCGGAACGACAGACUUGUGGCCCAUCCUCCUCGCCCUGACCGCCCUGCCCGCCGUCUUCCAGCUGGUCACUCUGCCAAUCUGCCCCGAAUCUCCCAAGUACCUCCUGAUUAACAAGGAAGAGGCUAUUUCUGCCCAGCGUGCUCUCACUUGGCUCCGCGACACAAGCAACGUGCAAGAAGAAAUGGGUGAGAUGAGGAACGAGGCGGAGGCAGCCAAGCUGGUCCCCCACGUGUCCCUGCGCGAAAUCACAACCAACCCGACCCUGCGCAUCCCUCUGGUUAUCUCCAUGAUGAUGAUGAUCGCUCAGCAGCUCUCUGGUAUCAACGCUGUCAUCUUCUUCUCUACCAAAAUCUACCUGGCCGCCGGCCUGAGCGACGAGGCCUCCCUGAACGCCACCAUCGCCAUGGGAACCAUGAACGUGCUCAUGACCAUCUGCUCCCUCGUCAUGGUGGAGAAGUUCGGCCGCAAGACCCUCAUGCUCGCCGGCCUCUUCGGCAUGCUGGUCGACGUCCUCCUCCUGUUCAUCUGCCUCCUGCUCAAGGACCUCGCCUCGUGGAUCAGCUUCCUGUCCAUCUUCCUCGUCAUCUUCUUCGUGGUGAUGUUCGCCGUCGGGCCCGGUUCCAUCCCCUGGUUCCUCGUGACCGAGCUCUUCGCCCAGAACGCCCGGCCGGUCGCCUCCUCGAUCGCUGUAGCCGUCAACUGGACCGCCGCCUUCAUCGUCGGCCUCGGCUUCCUCCCCAUCCAGGAGGUUAUCGGCCCCUACGUGUUCCUGAUCUUCGUCAUCCUUCUCUCCCUGUUCAUCCUGUUCACGUGGAAGAAGGUUCCGGAGACAAAGGGCCGCUCCAUCGACGAAAUCACAGCCAUGUUCAAGCAGUCGGCUUAUGGAGGCAACAGCGUGUGAGGAGAACGGACAACUUCCGUCGUUCCCUCCGGAGCGAACGGAGAAGUGAAAGCCGUUCAGGGUGUGACGUUUUUUAUAAGGAGAGAUGAGAGGAGAGAAAAACAAGAGAAGUAUGUGUACAUAGUCGUGCCGUCAGUGGAAUGCAGCCGCGAGUCAUCAUACUUGCGAUUGACAUUCUUAUUUGGGAUUUUCCUCGUGAUUAGUUUUGAGACACGAGCCGGCUUGUCCUGGGCUCGAAGGUCGGGCAUUCAAAGGUCAUUAGAACUUUAGAGGGCCUUCCCAUCGCCGAAGAAGUGACAUUUCUUCGUGUGGACGAGGAAGAGGCGUUCCUCUGGGCUCCGCGUAGCUUCGAUCAGAACACCAGAUUUUCUCCGUUUAAUUGCUAGAGCCGUAGGUGUUGUGACGUACCUUGUGCCGUAGAUUUGUGGAAGUUUAUACUGAAAUGGAGGACACCACAGCGGUGUUUUAAUUUUCUUUUCUUUUUCUUUUUUUAUCUUCACAUCCCAAGAGAAAGGUCCAAGAGGGCUCCAGCACAGCAGAACACGCCUUGGGACUCCCUCGCUUUCAAAGGGAAUUUCACUCCUUCACGAAUGGGUCUUUCAGGGUGAUCUAAUGGCCUUCGAAAGCGGGGGAGUCACCUGGCGUCGCUUUUCUUAUGUAUAUGUGAAAAAAAAUAGAACUGUGCCUGGUUUGGCCUUCCUUAAUUGUGUGAUAUAAACUUUGCUAAUAGGAGAGUAUUUUUUGUGAGAAAAUGAUAUAUGUUAAAUGUUAUACUGGGGAAUUGUGAGGGGUUAAGAAAAAACGAAAAAAAAACUUGAGAAAUAUGGAGGGAAGUUUUGAUCAAACGAAUUCUUGAACCUGGUUUUCCUUCAGGUGCGUUUCCAUUGGCAUACACUGUUGCGAAAAAGUGCAAAUUACUCAGUGCCGGAAAACUAUUAGUCUUUUGUCAAUAACUCCUUUUUCCUCGUCUCUUUAACACAGGCUAAGAUUGGGAAGGCAAUUUGUUGCUUACGUUAUCAUCUGUCUUAAUAUUUUUGAAUAUUUUUUUCUUAGGCUCGGUCAAAUCAAUUAUUAUAUUCGAACAUUCAAAGUUUGUAACUAGGUGAAGGGGGUCAGAUUAUUUGCCAUUUCAAUUGCUUUUGAAUACAGUCGUACGUGUAACAUCGUUUUGUCAAAGUGAAGGGAAAUAAUGCUAAAAAAAAAAAAUUAAUGUGGUUUUUGCCGCCUUCCAAUUUUGUAGUCUCUGUCUCAGCCGCUUUCUCUCCCUCCCGGUUUGUCACUCGAGUCAUGCUAUUACCUCCUAACUUACUCAUAGCACAACACUGUAGAAAUUAUUUUUUUACUUUGACAUUCAACUAGUAUUGCAUCACACGAUCAUCAGAAUCGACAGUUCUGAUCCCCCUCCCCCCAUUAUUUUAUUUCCUGAUAUAUAUAUAUAUAUAUAUAUAUAUAUAUAUAUAUAUAUAUAUAUAUAUAUAUAUAUAUAUACGUAACGUAAAACGAAAAGGAGUAGUCUCCAUCAUGAUCUCCCUCCUUCCCGACGCUUCCCCCAAAGAAAAACUUAUAAAUAUCUGUGAAAAAAAAAAAAAAAUGAGCAGCCCUUGCGUUCAUUCUCGCAUAGCCAUCUAGCGACAAGCUAAGAAAACACCUAUUUAUUUUUCCAUGUCCACCGUUAGAUGGCAGCACGCGAGUCUUUGGUCAGGUGGACGCUGGUCACGAUGUUACGUUUCCUCAGUGCGCGUCUUGGCUCCGUCGCGGGCCAAGGUGGCGGCGCGGAUUCUGCCUUACUGUAUGAGAGCAGUUUCGCCAUGCUCAGUGACUGUUUACAGUGUCUUGUAGAUUGAAUUUCAUUCCUGUUUUCAUCUAGUCACCUUAUAAUUUACAGCUGUAAGACAACUUUCUCUCGAUAAUGGCUUCUGUAUGUUUUUAUUUUAUAUAAUUUUUUCAUUAGUCGUCAGUAACUUCGAGUACAAUGAAUCAAGAGACAAUAUUAUUAUUUUUUAUUCUUAAAUAAAACAAAUAGAUACGAAUUUCAGGAUUUACUGCCGAUAUGUUUUUUUGCUUUUUUUUCUUCUUUAUUCUUAAAUUUUGAAACUAAAAUUUUUUCAUCCUAUUUUUUGACUGCUCUUCGUAAGCCUCCGCAUGACAAAGGUAUUUCAGGAGAUGGUGCCCUUAGGAAUUCAAAAUCUGAACUCGCUCGUUGAGUUAACCGAUUUUUUAUUUCCGCAAAGGCAUCUACAUCAAAUUAUACUCAUAUUUAGUAAUAUAAGAUUACUAUUCAAAGUGUAUUUAUUUCUGUGGAUUCCAGUUAAGAUUAUACAUGUUAUCAUAUCAUUUAAUCAACAUCAUUGCAUGCAACUACAUUCUAGACCUUUUUAUAUAUUUGGGAGAAUAGUGUUGCAGGUUGCAAGAGGCCAAUAAAUUUGAUUUACAUAUCACUAAUUGAUGAUAGAACGAAGAACUUGUGGUUAUAUGUAUUGGAUGUAUUUCGUUAAAAUUCACAUGUGAAUUUAUUCCAAAUGUUCGGCCUGUCUAGUAGCCUUUGUUGAUAUAUACGUCUUUCUGAUGGCUCACUGUUUGUUGUUAAAAAGAAGAGUUUAUUCGUUAGGAAUAAGCAUUGUUCAGUGAUACAAAGACGGUGUAAUGGUCAAAAUUACGAAUAUUUGCUAUCCAGGAUGUAAAUACUGAUGCAGAAAGUGUAUACAUAUUUAGUCCAUUGGUUAGUCGUAUUUUCUAGGAAGAGAGGGGAAUGUACUGAAAUGUGUGAAUAUUCAGCAAUGACUUUAAAAGUUUUGAAAAUUGUUAUAUUUUUCUUAAUGUAUCUACACUAUUAUUUGAGAUGAUGCAUCGACAGGCAACAACUGUUCACUUUUGAUUUGUACAUACUAUUUUUCAGCCAUAUACAUCACGACUAUUAAUUCAUUUUCAUUCAUUACUUUCAAUUCAUUUUCAUUGUUUCUAUUACUCAUCGCCAAGUUUUUUUGUUUUUUUUUUCGGUUCAUGAAAGAGUGACUGCAUCUGGUAGACACAUAUUGUAAGAAAAAGAAAAACAAAAAAAAGCAAAUAGGAGUCUUCCUCAUGUACUCAUUCUUGACACGAUUAUGGCUAUUCUAUUUUUUUAUAAAUAAUAUAUAUCCAUACAUUAUUUCACAACUCCCCCUCUUACCCCGGCAUUAUUCCAGCACCACUGUACAGUUGCGGACAGAAGCAGGGCACGCUUGGUAGGUUCCAGCUCUGUGCCGUUUCUUGUGUCCGCAACUGCACGUGGCUUCAAAGUUCAUAUGCUACACUGAGCAAGAGUUACAUAGCUGUAAACGUGUCAUGAUCAUCAUAUGUUAUUAUUUUCAUAGCAAGUAUGAAUUAUAGUUACAAUAGAGUACCCACAUGUGCAUUCUGUAUGUUUGCGCAGUUAUGUAUGUCAGAUGAAAGUAAAAGUACAUGUAAUGUAAAA